GAGAACCUGGCGGGAGCGCGCCACGUGGCUGUAGAAGCUGGCGCAGGCGUCGUGGCGAUGCCUCUGAGGUAGGCUAAGACCUGGGCGCCUAUGUAGUCAGGAGCGCACGCGGGCGCAGUGGCGGGCAUUGCCUGGCGCUCCGGCACUCGCGGGACGCUGCCCUGGCGUGGGCCGUGGGGCACAGGCCGGCAGGAGGCCGCAGAGGACGCAGGCCUCUCCACGGGCAGUGACCGCGGCGCGGGCUGGAGCUCUGCAGAGGAAGCCAUGCACGAGCCGGGACCGCCGGGGCAGGGCAGGCCACAGCCCCGGGCCCUCAGCCCGGCUGAGCCCGGAAGAAAGCUGCCGCCGCCCUCCAAUCACCUGGCUCCCGAGCCGACGGCGGAAGCCCCCGUACCUCUUUCUCCCCAGGUGACUUCCCAGGUCACCCCCUCGAGGAUGACCCCGCUGCCACUUUGGGAUCCCAGCCACGAGGCUUAUGCAAGACCUCAGCCGGUGGGGGCCGGCUGUGGGUCAGGCGGAUCUUUGUCGGGCAGGACACUGUGUCAUCCUUCCUGGCCCAUGUAUGAUGCCCUGGGCAGGGUCCCUACCUCAGGGCACCCAGGAGAAGCGCAAGUGUCCAAGGAUACAGGGCUCCCAGUGACAGGCUGUGAAGAUGUCUUUCUCGUGGACCCUCUGCUGCCCUGUGGGCAGCGUGUUCCCCUGUACCUGUCCAAGCCGCCUCAGCAGGCAGUGGGUGCCCGGACGCUGCAGCCCCCACCUCCCGUCAUGACCUCCUCUGUGUGCCCCUGCCCGUCCCAGGCCUGCUCUUCUGCCUGGCUCAGCGAGGCAGAGAUGAUCGCCCUGACUGCUCUGCUGCAGAUGAGCCAGGGCGAGCUGGGGUCUAACGCCGUGGCAAGCCCUCUGACCUCCGCCAGCUGCCCAGGCCCUGGCUCUGAAGACCCAGGCCCCGGUGGUGACCAGCGCUGCUCGGGAAGCUCUGCGCCACGUCCCCCGCAGACCCCAGACACCCACUGUCCAUAGCGCCUCCCUCCCCGCUGUUCUGCUGACAAUAAAUGGUGUUAGUUUGCA